AUGAGCGCCGGUUGCGAAUCCAGCCCGACCAGCGGGGGCGGGAGCAGCAGCGGCAGCUCCGGCGCCCCCCGCAGGACCCGUGCGCCCCGUGCGAGCGACGCCCAGGGCCAGCCCACUGACGACAUGGAUGUCAACAGCAACGGCUCCAGCGGCAACGAAUCGCACGGCGAUUCGCACAGCAGCUCACACAGCAGCGGCAACGGGAAGGACUCGGCUCUUUUGGAGACCACCGAGAGCAAUAAGAGCUCCAACUCGCAGAGCCCGUCCCCGGCCAGCAGCUCCAUCGCCUACAGCCUCCUCAGUGCCAGCUCGGAGCAAGACAACCCCUCCACCAGUGGCUGCAGCAGUGAACAGUCGGCCCGCGUGAAGACGCAGAAGGAGCUCAUGAAGGCGCUCAAAGAGAUGAAGAUCCGCCUACCCUCCGAGAAACGCAGUAAGGGGAAGUCGGGCACCCUGGCCACCCUCCAGUAUGCCCUCUCCUGCGUCAAACAGGUCCAAGCAAGCCAGGAUUACUAUCAGCAGUGGAGCAUCGAUGACAGCCAGGCCUGCAGCUUGGAUAUGUCCACAUACACCAUCGAGGAACUGGAGAACGUCACGUCGGAAUACACCCUCAAAAACCCCGUGACCGCCACGGACUACACCCAAGAGAAGUCCGUCUUCUGCCGCAUCAGCGGUGGCCACGCCGGAGCGCGCGAGAUGCGCUACUCCCCCUUCCGGCUGACCCCUUACCUGACCAAGGUGCGAGAUUCGGACAGCGACCAGGGGCAGCCCUGCUGCUUACUCAUUGCAGAGCGCAUCCACUCGGGCUACGAAGUCCUGCAGUACGCCGGCCAGCCGUUCGACCACUCGCCCAUCCGCUUCUGCGCCCGCAACGGCGAGUACGUGACCAUCGACACCAGCUGGUCCAGCUUCGUCAACCCCUGGAGCCGCAAAGUGUCCUUCAUCAUGGGCCGGCACAAAGUCCGGACGAGCCCCCUGAACGAGGACGUCUUCACCGCCCCCAAGGCCUUGAAGUCCAAGGCUCUGGACGUGGACAUCCAGGAGCUCUCCGAGCAGAUCCAUCGGCUCCUGUUGCAGCCUGUGCACAGCAGCGGCGCCCUCGGCCUGUGCAGCAACUCGGCCUCCCACGAGCAGUUCCUCAGCAUCGCCUCCUCCAGCGACAGCAACGGCUUCUCCCCAGAGGAGGCCCAGGCUCUCCGGCCGAUGACCUUCCAGGAGAUCUGCAAGGAUGUCCACAUGGUGAAGAACCAGGGCCAGCAAGUCUUCAUUGAGUCCCGAGUCAAGCCGGUGCCCGUCAAACCCUUUCGGCCAGGUAAGAAGCCUCUGGAUCCACUCAUCGGUCACGCCGGGCAAUCCAGGGAGGUUUUGAGAGAGGCAGAGAAGAGGACGGUCAAGGCAGCCACCUCUGAGGACUCCGUGCGGAAGGAGCCUUCCAACUACUCCUACCAGCAGAUCAACUGCCUGGAUGUCAUCAUCCGAUACCUGGAAAGCUGUAACAUCCCCAUCCGGGUCAAACGCAAGUGCGGUUCCUCCUCCUACACCGCCUCCUCCAAUUCGGACGACGACAAGCAGAAAGGGCGCGAGCGGGCGGCUGUGCGGAGCAAAGAUGCGCCCGAGGAGAGGCUGCCGGCCAGAGACAGCCAGCCAGAGAGGAAAGAGCCCGGAACGGCGGCAGCUGCCGCCGUGGUGGGUGGCCCUCUCACUCCGCUGGCCUUGCCUAGCAAAGCCGAGAGCGUGGUGUCCGUCACCAGUCAGUGCAGCUUCAGCAGUACCAUCGUCCACGUGGGAGACAAGAAGCCCCCGGAGUCGGAUAUUGUCAUGAUGGAGGAGACGGCGCCCAGCGCCACCCCGCCCGUCCCUCCGCCCGGUCUGACCCCCGACCGCGAGCAGCAGUACCGCCGGGUGGGCCUGACCAAGGAGGUCUUGUCCGUCCACACGCAGAAGGAGGAGCACGCCUUCCUCACCCGUUUCAAGGACCUCAGCCAGUUGCGCGUCUUCAACUCCCCCUCCAGGCCCAGCUGGCAGGAGCUGCAUCGGCCCCGGGGCCAGGAGGAGCGAGGAUCCAGAGGUCUGCGCCAUGGACCUCGCGGGCCGAGGCGCGGCCGGAAGUCCAGGGCCAAGCGCAUCCGGCAGAACAAAUCCUCAGACAGCUCCAGCUCUCCCCAGACCUCAGCUGGGUCGCCCCCCCAGAUAUCCUGUCCCCCAGCUGCCCCCUCUUGGGCACCCUCGGGCCCUUCCCCGCCCACCCUCCCAAACAUGUCCUACCCGGCCGUCAUGCCCACUUACCCGAUCCCCGUCUUUUCCCCUCGCCCCACGGUGCCCCCAGGCGCCGAGCCUUCGCAGACCCUUUUGCCAGCCCUUCAGUUCCCCGCCCCCCUCGCCACCCCUAUGGUGGCCCUAGUCCUGCCCAAUUACGUCUUCCCCCAGAUCAACAGCCCCCUUCCCCAGACGUACUUUCCCGGCGGACCCCUUUUCCCCUUCGGACCGCCACAGCCGGGCAGCAUGCUAGCCCCCGGGCCCGAAGCCCGCUCUUCCACCCCGCACUCGAUGAGCCAGCCCGAGCGGGCCGAAUCCCCACUCUUCGAAUCGCGCUGCAGCUCCCCGUUGCAGCUGAACCUGCUCCAGAUGGAAGAGCUACCCAAGCCGGGCGACCGGCAAGAAGCUAGCGCGAGCAGUCACGCGGGACCAGCCGGCACCUCUGCAGACUGGGCUGGAGUGGCCAGCGGGCAGGGCGUGGUGAACGAACUCGGCCCUCCGAAAGAUACCUGCAUGGUGGAAGCUCAUGAUUCUUCCAACAACGACGCUUUGUCCGGCUCCAGUGACCUACUGGAUCUCCUCCUGCAAGAAGAUUCUCAUUCGGGCACCGAAUCAGCCGCCUCGGGCUCCAUGGGCUCGGGAUCCAACGGGGAGAGCACCUCUGCCAGCGGAACCACAAGCAGCAAGAGUAGCAACACCAGCAAAUACUUUGGCAGCAUCGACUCGUCCGAGAACGAUUUACGGGCCAAGAAGCGAUCCGAGGUGGAGGACAACGAGCACUUCAUCAAAUACUUUAUGCAGGAGGAGGAUCCCAUCUGGCUGCUGAUGGCGAACACCGACGACAAGGUCAUGAUGUCGUAUCAGCUCCCUGCCAGGGACACGGAGACUGUCCUGCGGGAAGAUCGGGAGAAGCUGAAGCAGCUGCAGAAGCAACAGCCGAGGUUCACGGAAGAGCAGAAGAAGGAGCUGGCGGAUGUCCACUCCUGGGUCCAGAAAGGGGUCCUGCCCAAAGCCAUCAAUGUCACGGCUUGUGUCGAGUGCGAGAGUAACGCUGCCUCCCAGGCCGCCCCCCUUUACGACGUCGAGAUCCAGGAUAUGGACCUGAACGGCAUGUUGGAGCCGAUGGAGGAGGGCACCGGGGCCCAGGUCCCUCUGCCUUCCUCACCUCUGGAAAUGGCCAUGGAGGAGGAGGAGGCCGGAGAGAGUCGGGACCAGCCGCACCUAUUAGAAACAGAAGCGCAAGGGACCAGCUAAGCCCUGAAGAAAGGACUAGUACACACCUUUUGGAGGUUGCUCGAGCGAGGGGAGGCUGCUGAGCGGCAGGAGUCGGACCCCGAGGCAGCUGGCGUGGAAAGGACCCCAUGUGUUGCCUUGUUUAAUCAGAACUUCCGGACCGGCGGGUCUCCAGGGAUAGCCCCCUGCGCUUCGCUGACACCCUCCUCUCCAACUGGACCAGCCGCUUUGAUCUUCGCGGCGUUCAGGAGGGUGUGGACCCAGGACAUUAGGGAAAGGGGGGCGUGCGCGCGCGCGAGGGUGUUUCGGGUUUUUAUGUAUUUAUUUUUGACAAUUUGUCACUGGUUUACUGGGGUGGUUUUUUUUAAAAUGAUAACUGCAGCCGGGUCCCGGCUGGCAGCGCCGAACGUAGUAAUAACGAUGGCGAUAAUAAUAA